AUGCGCUCUUUGGCUUCAGCCGCUCCGACAUCCUCCAGGAUCGGCUCCUCAUCCCUUGUUUCGGCAGUGGAUGUUUCUUCUUCUUCUCUGACCAUGUCUGAAAAUUUCCCAAAUUCAUCUUUACUGGGACCUCCAAACUCUCUGCAGCUCUCCCUCCCUGUGGUAACCAAUGCCGCUUCCCUAACAGGAAACGUCUGCAACUUCUCCCGGGUCUCCGCUCCGGCGGUCAGUUCGGUCAGUUCGGCGUGGCUGCUGCCAUCAGUUUCUGGCGCCUCCUUCCAGCCACUCAUGGGGCGUGCCUACCUUUACCAACAUUCCAGCACAACUAUGUUGUCUGGGGUUACUGGCCAGAGCCAGCUUUCCACGGCAGCUGCUUCCUAUCCCGGGGUUUUCGAGUGGGAUGUCACAGGAAGUACCAAAAAGAAGUCCUCUUCACUCGGAGACUUCACCGUCACUGUCAUUGACCAGGACGCAGCUGUGUCUUCUAUGUCUCUGGCAGCCCCGUAUGAUAAAACUUCAGAGGCCAGUAGCAUGGUCUCUCUGUACCCAUCGCUUUCUGCCAGCCUUGCUCAGGGAACACCAUCUCAGAUGCCAAAUCAAGAACAUGGCCUAGCACUUCCCUACCAGGAAGGAAGGCAGGUAUAUUACUAUAAUCAAGGCACACUGGGGCCUCUACUGUCUGGAGAAUUUGGCCCCUGCUUGCAGUCCUAUGGCUCAGUGUCCUAUGCGGGGAGUAGGGCCUCUGUCCCUCAGCCAGAAAUGGUAAUGGUCCUCAAGGAGGUUCAGCCCGCAAACGUCCUCCCACCAGCUUCCACCUCUGGAAUUUACUACUCUGGGUCUGCUCAGCCCAUCACAGAAACAAGUUUUCAAGUGAUGGAGACUUCCCUGGGAUUGCAACCUCCGAGUCAGACAUAUUGUCUGCCACAAACUCCAGAAUUCCCCAAGUCCUGCAGUAGCAGAAAUAUCCAGAUCCUUGAAAGUAACCCACCACCUGAGCUUGGAGACAUCUCAAUGAUAGCUCCAGUCCAGAGUUCUAAUAAUGUCCUGGCAUUGCCUCCAGCUCCAAGCCAGGAACAAACAGAGAAUAAGAAUUUGGAUGGUAUUAAAACCAAGCUUUCAAAGCCUCUGGAUGUCUACCAGAUCCCAAUAGAAAACCAAGAGCCUCCCCUACUUCCUUUAGAAAUUCCUGAUAUUCACCAGCUCCUGGCCUGCAUCGAUCCCCUGGGCCAGGAGGAGAAGCCUAUUUCUGAAAACACCGAUCUGGGAAAAAAUACCCUGGGUCUUGAAGACCAAGUGACCCUUGAAAAUGGGAUUGAAUCUAGUAGUGGUUUUGCAGACAUCGCUACACUGGUGGAGGACAUUCAUCUUCCCCAGCUCUUUAAUUCCUUGAAAGACCUUGAUGAAGCCAAAAGUCCCAAGGUGAUGAAAGCCAAAGAUACCAGAGUCAGCAAGUUGAAACAGGGGCAAGAGAAGUCAAGUGUCGUAAAGGCUCCCUCUGAUCAUGUCAGGAAGAACAAACACAAAGCCACUGAGCCGAUCAACGGUGCUCCCAAGACCAAAAUCCAGGCGAAGAACCCAGAGUGCCUGUUAGGGGAAGACGUGAUUAUUUGCAGUGUUGCAGACGGUGACAGGGCUCCUGUGAACAGGGCCAAGCAUUCCAACAGCAAGUCUCAGAAAGCGGCAUCCAGCAGGACCAGCAAAACGAAGAGCCAUGGGCAGGAAAAGACCAAAAGGACCAGAGAAAACAAUCCCAAGAAAGCAGAAGAGAGUAAGCAGUCUGGAAACAAAGUCAAGGCAGAAGAGAAGCCAACCAUUCCCAAGGGGAAGCGGAAGAAAAAUCAACCCGAGCUUAGCCAAGAGAGCUUUAAGAAGCCUCGAAGUUGCCUAGGCAUGCACAUGUUGGAGUCUGUGCAGGUUUUUCAUGCCCUGGGGAAGAAGAGUGAUAAGAAAACUGGGCUGUCUUCCUCCCGGGCCCUGGUAAGCUCUGGCAACUCGAGAAAUGCCCAGCGACCCCCAGCUAUCAAACCAUGGCUUGAUACACCACGUGAGGGCAAAGGUCCUGAGAAAAAACAAGUCAAAGUCCAGAAACCAGACAGAGGUGCUGACAAAGAGUGUCCAUCUCCAUCCCAGUAUGAGCUCCCACCUCCUGGGAAGGUCAAGUUGGUGCCUUUGCCUUUUCCAACCUACGAGAAGCCUCAAGCUCGACCUGUUCCUCGGAGGCCACAGUCUCUGGCUUCACAUCGGUCCGCCAUGGCUUACCCUGCCCGGCCUGGUUCUACUAGCUCAGCUCGGCCUGUUGCAGUCAAUUCAUCCCGGCCGACUCCUGCCUCCUUGACAGGUCCUGCCAGACCAGCUCGGCCAAUUUCGACCAAUCCCACCCGCCCAGGCUUGACCAACCCGACCCGGCCUAGUGUCCCGCAGUCUGCUGCCUCGAGGCCUGCACCCUACAAAACAUCAUCUUGCACUUCUCUCCAGCGGGAGCCUGUCCCCAUCGCUGUGACCAAGCCCCAGUCGCCACCCAAAGCUCAAAGCCAAUUUCUACUCCAAGACUUCUGCUUUCAACCAAUUCCGUGGAGGAAACCCAAUGUUCCUGAGCCAGUCAUGUCAAAGCCCAUCACAAAAGAGCAGAGGCCAGAGAGGGAGGCCAUGAAGAGGCAGGCUCAGCAAGAGCGUGAGAAUGCUGCCAAAUACACCUCUUUGGGGAAAGUGCAAUAUUUCAUCGAGAGGGAAAAGGAUAUGGAUAUUGCUCGAUACUAUGGCUAUGCAAUAUAA